AUGCCUAAGCUUUCCUACUUUGACUGUGACCCUAUGUUCUGUCCUAAUUGUGGUGCAAUAUUACCUACCCUGGGAACAAGAGGUGGAAUAGUAUGUGUUGUCUGCAAAUUCGAAGUAGAUAUCGAAGUUAUGGAAGAAGUGGUGGUUAAGUAUACCGUUCAAUUCAACAACAGAAGCGACUAUAUUGAAGAACAACAACUGAAAUCUGCCCAGAGCAAAACUGAAGGACCAUUGGUAGAGCGCAAGUGCUCCAAGUGUGGGAAUGAUACCAUGUCAUAUGCAUCACUUCAAUUGCGGUCAGCUGAUGAAGGCCAAACAAUUUUCUACACAUGCACCAAGUGUCAACACAAAGAAACUGAAAAUUCUUAA